AUGCCAAAGGGAGGGAAAGCAAAAGAAUCAAAAUCAAAGCAAAAUAAAAAGGAAAAAGAAGUAAAGAAGCCUAGUAAAGUUGCACAAACACGUGAUGAACUUAGAAAAGAAGCUCAACAUAUUGAUCAAAAUGUUGAUGCAUUAAAACAAUUAGGAUUAAUUGGAAGUGGUGUUGUAGAACCAUCUACUGAUUUAAAAUUAUUAACAAAAAGAGAGAAGAAGAAGUUGCAACAAAAAGCAAAGAGAAAUAGAGGAACAAAGUUAGACUAA